AUGUGGGAAGUUUGUUGGGCUGAAGAGGCUUGUCAAUGUGAUCUCAUGCAGUGUUACAUCUCAGAGGAAGACCUAAAAUUUCAAGUCCUCAGGCUCAUAGCAGUGAUAACAGAAUUAAGUGCGCACAAUGAGAACACACCAUCAGCCCAUCAGGUCCGGGUGAUAUUGAGUGUUGUCACAGUUGACAGUGUCCCCUCUGCACUAUACCCUGCCAAAGAAGUAGCUAUUUUCAACAAAGCAGCAGCAUUUUUUGCACCUAACACCCAGGGCCUUGUCCCAGGUCAAAUUGUGACAGGAAAAGAGAUUACUUUCAAGAAUGUUGAAUAUUUGGAACCCCACAGUAUUUUGAAAAAGCUAGGGAGAAAGGAUACACUUUCAAUUAGGUACUAUUGGGAUGUUAUCUCAAAGAUUUUGAUUAUGUUUGGUCCACCCUCUUCUAUACACAAGGCAUCCACUGAACAUCUGUGCAACUGUUUUUUAAAAGCCAUGGGGGUGCAGGACGCAAGUGUGGGAACAGAUAACAUAUCCAACCCUAUGUCCAUGUGGGAUUAUUUUGGUAACAUUUGGUUGAUGCUAAGGAUACCACAGGCAGGUCAGCUGUUACCACAGGAGAGAAACUUAGCAGCUGUGAACAAGGCAUUGCAGGAGGCUUGGUGUGCUAUGGUAGACAAGGUCUACCCUGGGUUGGUGCCAGUACCGUUCUCAGUGAACUGGCAGUUUUUUAAGGAAGCUCUCAAUAAGGGUGUCAUUAUAAAUGCCUAUCUUUGCUAUACAUCUUGGUAUACUGAGCACAAGAGAGGCAGAUAUGAGGGCAAUAAUACUGAAAGCGGUGGCCUGGGAACUGAUGCAGCAGGCAAUAGUAGCGGGAACAAUGCGAAUGAUGGUGGUUGA